UGGGGGCCAGGAGUGAGAGGAGCAGGUUUGGCUCUCCCAGGAAGGAGGGGACAGGUACCAUGAUCCCAGAGGAGGUUCAGCGGCUCCUGGAAGAUGCUGAAAGCUACCUGGCAGAUGGCCUGCAGAAGGAAAACUUGAGUGCUAAAGCCAGGGAGCAGAGGGAUGCAAUCCUCUUUGACUUCCAGCAAGUUAAAGCCAGGUACCACUUGGAAUUUGUGCCCCGAGGACAGGAUCAGCAUGAGGCUGGCUUUGGACAGGACAGCUCUGAUGAAAAUCAGAGCUGGGGUUUGGCCCCUUCCAUGACGUCUGAUGCUUCGCUUCCAUCAGACUUCCAGGACGAUGGACUGGAGGAGAGCACCCCAAAGCCCCUUGAAGACACAGGCCAUGUGCUGAAGCAGGGCUACCUGGAGAAGAGGAGUCGAGAGCACAGCUUUUUUGGGUCAGAGUGGAAGAAGCGUUGGUGUGUCCUCAACAGGGAGACCUUCUACUACUAUGCCAAUGAGAAAAGCAAGCAGCCCAAAGGCAGCUUCUCCAUCAGUGGCUGCAGUGCCAGGCUGGCUGCCCACCUGCGCAAGGAUGCCCGCAGGAGCUGCUGCUUCGAGGUGACCUCCCCUGGGAAACGUCCCUAUGAGUUCACAGCCCCAAGCCCAGCAGAGGCUGAAGAUUGGGUGGAUCAGAUCCAGUUCCUCCUGAAAGACCUGAGCUCCCUCACCAUCCCCUGUGAUGAAGAGGAUGAGGAAGAGCUCUACAACGACGUGGACAGCUCUGACUCUGUGAACACAACCUCCCACAGCACCACCCUGAACCAGGAGGAGCCAAACAUGGAGAUGGAGGAUGACAUCUAUGAGGUUCUGCCAGCGAGGAGCAGGACCUUCCACUUGGCCUCGUUGAAUGUCCUGAGCUUUGUGGGUUGUUGUUUAUUUUCUCUCCUUUCCCUAGAUGAGGAGCUGGAAUCCCACAGCCUAGAGGACACCAAGGACACCAGGAGUGAAGAGCAAAGUGGACAGCUGUUCCCAGAUGCUCUCCAAGGGGACUACUCUAACUACUACCAGGGCUUGUGGGACUGCAGCGCUGAGCAUCCGGACGAGCUCUCCUUCCACCGUGGGGACCUCAUCUACAUCCUAAGCAAGGAGUACAACGCCCAUGGCUGGUGGGUUGGAGAGCUCAACCACGAGGUUGGCAUCGUCCCCAGGGACUACCUGAUGCCAGCCUAUGAGCUGGAGGAGCGGUGAGGACCUUGGCACCUCAGAUCCAGGUGCUUCCCUCCCUGGCCACGCUGAGACACCAGCAGCAACACCAGCCCCAGCCUCCUCCUGGGCUGCACUGCACGAAGAUAGACCCAGGAGCCACCACACCCUGUGCCCCAGGGCCCUGCUCUGCUCCCUGGUACCCUCUGUGAUGCCAGCUGGGCAUGGGGAGGGCAGAGUGGGGGGCUGGGAGCCCACAAUAAAGCCUU